CUCUCUCUCUCUCUCUCACACACACACACACACACAUCACGGAGCAGGCUGUCGGAGCUAACUCUGGCCACAGAAACGAAAACAGGAAUAUAAAACGGCGCGUUUAAACCUCGGGUUUCUUUAUUUCUGGACUCCAUUUGGAUCAAAACGGAUUAUUUGCCUUUAACCUGAAUGCUGAAGCAGGUACAGAAGAGGCUCAGUGGCUCGCUCGUCUGAAGGAAUGCAGGUGGUCAGGCUGAGAAUGGCCCUGUGGUGGCUGCUAAUCUUCCUGGCUUUGAUGCAGUUUCCACAACCUGCAAAGGGGCAAAUUGCAGGCCCACGAAGAAUGCGAUUUAAAGUCAUGGGUCUUGACAAGUUGCAUGUGUUUUGGAAAGAGCCAAAGGGAGAAUACGAUGGCUAUAGAUUUAUUUACAACAGUGUGCCAGAUGGAGAGAGGAAUGAGCUUCGAAUUGGGAAGGGUCAAACCAAAGCAAUAAUAAAUGACUUCAAUCCCACAAAGGAGUACACAGUGAAGGUUAUAGCUGUAAGGGGAAGUCAGCAAAGCAGAGCACUUGCAGGAAGCUUCGCAGCUCAGGCCCGGGAAUUUGACAAAGAAACCACCCAACCACCAAGAAUCAAUGAGAUGCCUACAGAGGAUGGUAUUGCGCUAUCAGGAGCGGAUCAGUUUGUGUGCACCACAGCUGCGAUUGCUGAUAUCGUCUUCCUGGUAGAUGGCUCGUGGAGCAUCGGCAGGCUCAACUUUCGUCUGGUGCGCGCAUUCCUGGAGAACCUGGUUAAUGCUUUCGAUGUGGGAAUUGAUAAAACCCGUAUCGGCCUGGCCCAGUACAGUGGAGAUCCCAGGACUGAGUGGCACCUCAAUGCAUUUGCCACUAAAGAGUCUGUCAUUGAUGCUGUCAAAAACCUGCCGUACAAAGGAGGAAACACACUCACAGGUUUGGCCCUUACAUACAUUCUGAAGAACAGCUUCAAACCAGAAUCAGGUUCUCGAAGCAGCGUUCCGAAAAUCGGGAUCCUGAUCACUGAUGGUAAAUCACAGGACGCUGUAGACGUUCCUGCCCAGAACUUAAAAGAUGCCGGGGUUGAGCUCUUUGCCAUUGGGGUUAAGAACGCAGAUGAAAAUGAGCUGAAGGUCAUUGCCUCUGAGCCCGAGACACACACCUACAACGUGGCCGACUUCGUCAUCAUGAAUUCCAUAGUGGAGGGUCUGACCAGGACUGUGUGCGACGGUGUCGAGCAACAAGACAAAGAGAUCAAAAGAGAUUCAGUCCCUGAAGACACACAAAAUUCUCCUCAGGAUUUGGUGACGUCUGAAGUGACGGCGAGAAGUUUCCGUGUGUCCUGGACUCAGGGGCCAGGCAGCGUUCUGAAGUAUCGUGUGAUUUACUAUCCCAGCACAGGAGGUCAGCCACAAGAGGUUGUGGUGGACGGCACAGAGACCACAGCCGUGCUGAAAGGCCUCAGCUCACUGACAGAGUAUGAGAUCGCUGUGUUUGCUGUGUACACAACCUCGGCCGGUGAGCCUCUCAGGGGCCGUGAGACCACGCUGGCUUUGCCUGUGGUCAGUGGUCUGGACCUGGACGAUGUGACUCACAGCACCAUGCAUGCUCGAUGGAGGCCUGCAGAAGGGGCUACUGGGUACAUGCUACUUUAUGCACCGCUAAGCAGUGAAACUAUGGAUGAGAUCGAGGUCAAAGUGGCAGACACCGUGACAGACUUUAGGCUGGUGGGUUUAAGCCCGGAUACAGACUACACAGUGACAGUGUACGCCAUGUUCGGAGAUGAAGCCAGCGAUCCUGCUACAAUGCAGCAGACCACCUUGUCUCUGAGGCCUCCCCGUAAUCUACGUGUCACUGAGGUGGACCACAGCUCAGUGCGACUAAACUGGGAUUCGACAUCAAGCGCAGUCAAAGGCUAUCAGCUAAAGUACGGCAAAAGUAACGGUGCGCAAACUAACGAGGUUGAAACGGGUCCAGUUUCUAACGUGUAUCUAAGGAACCUGGACUCUCAAACAGAGUACACCGUGUCUGUGUUUGCUGUGUAUGAUGGGGAUCAGUCAGAACCCCUGAAGGGAGUAUUUACCACAAAGCUCGUUCCAGCUCCACGGGCCAUUAGAAUUGAUGAGGUAACACCAAGUAGUUUCCGGGUGAGCUGGACACAGCCAGGGGAUGGUGUGGAGCUUUAUACACUCUCCUGGAGACCUUCCACAGGAGGAGAGACUAAAGAGGUGGUUAUAUCAGGCAAUAUAAAUACCUAUGUGGUGAAUGAUCUUUCUCCUCUUACUGAGUAUGAAGUGCUGCUGUCUGCUAUCUACAGAGAUGAGGCUGAGAGCAGCGCUGUGUCUGCACUAGAGAUCACAUUGCCUAUGCCUGCAACCACGGCCUUCCCCUCUACAGCCCCACCAGUGACGCGGCUUGGAGUGAGUAAUCUCCUGGUGGACGAUGAGACCACGUACAGUCUGCAGGUCAGCUGGGACAAUGAUGAUGCAGAUGUUGAGCAGUACAAAGUGACUUAUGUCAGCCAGAGAGGAGACCGUGCAGAGGAAUCGGUGAUGGUUCCAGCCAAUAGAAAGAGUGUGAUUCUGCAGUCUCUUCUCUCAGACACGGAAUACAAGAUCUCGGUUAACCCUAUUUAUCCAGAGGGAGAAGAUAACGCAUUCUCUCUGUCCUCUAUCGGCCGUACACUACCACUGACUGCACCCAGCAACCUAAGGGUGUCUGAGGAAUGGUACAACCGUUUCCGCCUCACAUGGGACACGCCUGCCUCACCAACCAUGGGCUACAGGAUCAUCUACCAGCCAACUUCUGUGUCGGGUCCUGCUCUGGAGACGUUUGUAGGAGAAGAUGUGAACACAUUGCUGAUUCUCAACCUGCUGACUGGCACCGAGUACAGCGUUAAGGUCAUUUCUUCGUACACAACAGGCUCUAGCGAGCCGCUCACCGGCAAUGCCAGGACACUGUUUCUGGGAGUCAGUGGACUCAGUACCUACCAGGUGCGGAUGAACAGCAUGUGUGCACAGUGGCAGCCUGUCAGCCAGGCCUCCCUCUACAGGGUCAUCAUCGAGUCCCUGCUCAAUGGCCACAGACAGGAGCACACUGUAAGUGGCGGUACCUCCAGGCAGUGUUUCUUCAACCUGUCCCCUAACACACAGUACAAGAUCAGCGUCUACACCCAGCUACAGAGCAUGGAGGGCCCUGCUGUCACCAUCAUGGACACCACACUUCCAGCUCCAACCCAGCCACCAACUCCACCUCCCACCACUGCUCCGAUUCCCACCAUUCCAUCAGCUAAAGAAGUUUGUAAAGCAGCCAAAGCAGAGUUGGUGUUCUUGGUAGACGGCUCCUGGAGCAUAGGAGAUGACAACUUCCAGAAGAUCAUCCGCUUCCUGUACAGCACCACUGGCGCUUUGGACAUUAUUGGUCCUGAUGGAACUCAGGUGGCCAUUGUUCAGUUUAGUGAUGAUGCCAGGACUGAGUUCAAGCUCAACUCCUACAGGGACAAGGAGUCUCUCCUGGACGCCGUGCAGCGCAUCACCUAUAAGGGAGGAAACACCAAAACAGGUCGAGCCAUUAGGCACGUGAAGGAGAGCAUCUUUACAGAAGAGGCUGGGACGAGGAAGGGAAUUCCCAAAGUCCUGGUGGUGCUCACAGAUGGCCGCUCACAAGACGACGUUAACAAGAUCUCCAAAGACCUGCAGACAGAGGGUUACAUCAUCUUUGCCAUUGGCUUUGCUGAUGCGGAUUACGGGGAGCUGGUGAACAUUGCGAGCAAGCCCAGCGAGAAACACGUCUUCUUUGUAGAUGAUCUGGAUGCAGUCAAUAAAAUCGAGGAGCAGCUCAUAACAUUUGUGUGUGAGGCAGCAACAGCCACUUGUCCAUCCUUGCUGAUGAGUGGGAACAGUUUGGCGGGUUUCCGCAUGAUGGAGAUGUUUGGGCUAGUGGAGAAGGACUACAGUAGUGUGCAGGGUGUUUCCAUGGAGCCUGGAACAUUCAACAGCUUUCCUUGCUACAGGCUACACAAGGAUGCCCUCAUCUCACAGCCGACCAAAUAUCUGCACCCGGAGGGACUCCCUUCUGACUACACUGUGUCAGUGCUGUUCCGUAUCCUCCCAGAAACUCCUCAGGAGCCAUUUGCGUUAUGGGAAAUUCUCAAUAAAGCCAAUGAACCCCAAGUGGGUCUCAUCCUGGACAAUGCUGCGAAAACACUGGCAUUCUUUAACUAUGACUACAAGGGUGAUUUCCAGACAGUGACCUUUGAUGGGCCUGACAUCAGAAAAAUCUUUUAUGGCAGUUUUCACAAGCUCCAUGUGGCGAUUAGCAAAACCUCUGCGAAGGUAGUGAUUGACUGUAAGAUAGUUAGUGAAAAGCCCAUCAGCGCAGCUGGGAACAUCACUACAGAUGGAAUGGAGGUUCUGGGCCGAAUGGUGCACUCGCACGGCAGCAGGGACACCUCAGCACCGUUUCAGCUGCAAAUGUUUGAUAUUGUCUGCAGUACAUCAUGGGCCAGUCGAGAUAAAUGCUGUGAGCUCCCAGGCCUGAGAGUAGAGCAAGACUGUCCUGCUUUGCCUCAUGCAUGCACCUGCUCUGAGGACAGUAAAGGUCCACCAGGACCCACUGGACCCCCGGGUGGCCCUGGUAUACGAGGCUCAAGAGGUGACCGAGGGGAACCUGGCUCACCGGGACCUCAAGGGCCAACCGGUGAAAUUGGACCUCCAGGACCUCAAGGGCCUCCUGGACCCCAGGGGCCAAGUGGACUCUCUAUCCAGGGAUCACCAGGAUCUGCAGGAGAAAAAGGAGAGAAAGGUGACUCAGGUCUGCCAGGUCCUCAGGGUGUGCCAGGAGCCAGUGGAGGACCCGGCAGAGACGGCCCACCAGGACAAAGGGGUUUGCCUGGGAAAGAUGGACCACAGGGACAACAUGGCCCACCAGGUCCUAUUGGCAGUCCAGGUGCUCCAGGAGCUCCAGGCACCACUGGACCCCCAGGACCACAUGGUGAUCAUGGACCACCUGGUCCUUCUGGUACCAAAGGCGAGCGAGGAGAGAGAGGCGACAUGCAGUCACAGGCAGUUGUCCGCUCUAUAGCCAGACAAGUGUGUGAACAACUAAUUCAGAGCCAUUUGUCUCGCUACAACUCAAUCCUGAAUCAUAUACCCAGUCAGUCCGUGUCAGUCCGGACAGUGCAAGGUCCUCCGGGUGAACCAGGCCGUCAGGGCCCUCUGGGACCACCGGGAGAGCAGGGACCGCCAGGUAGACCAGGCUUUCCUGGAGGUAAUGGACUGAGCGGCCGUCCAGGAGAGAGAGGGCUCCCAGGAGAUAAAGGAGAGAAAGGAAGUCCAGGUGUGGGGACACAAGGGCCUCGUGGCCUCCCAGGACCUCCAGGGACUCCAGGUGAAGGCCGGACAGGUAGCCAGGGUCCUCCAGGCAGGCCUGGAAACCAGGGCUCUCCGGGUCGUCCAGGAAGUCCUGGAAAGACCGGCCCUGCUGGACCGACAGGUUACUGCGACCAAAACGCCUGCUUAGGGUACAACAUAGGAGUACAACAGUUACCUCCCAGUUCCUACCAAAACUACGGGACCACUGACACUAAUGACGAACAGGAGGACGAGGAAGUGGACCCGUAUGGUGGAUACCGCCAAUACCCACCCCAGUACUACCAGCCCAGCUAUCCCAACCCUGACGACACGAUGAGGGAGCGAGGCACGCACCGCUUCUCCCGCAGCCUGACUGAGAGGAAUGGAGCUCAGACCACAACACAAGAAAAGGAUUAAUCUGCACACUGACAGCUCCAUCCACAAACACACAAAUACACUCUUAGUAUUAAGCCAGUGUCCAGUAGGAAAGCAUUAACUGAAUGGUAUUUGGAAAGUGCCUGUUUGGGAGGGUGUUAUGGAGGGAGGGCAGUAAACCCAUACUGUGCCCACCAGACUUUCAAUGACCUUUUUUUGUUCGUUUGUAAAAGUGCAUGCAGUCAUUUAAAAUCACAGAAAGCUCUCACAAAAAAAGAUCAUUUGUAUCAGUUGUUUGUUUUUUUUAAUUUGGGGUUGAAUUUGUACAGUUGUGUAAUUGUUUUUAUAAUAAAAAAAAAGGAGAUUGAAUUUCAGUGCUUCCAUGUUUAAUCGUCCCAGCUUUCAAUGUUUCCGUCGCAUUAUUGUCAUUUAUUUACGGAAAGGUGAAUCCUUGGCAGUUUCCCGGACAAUAAAAAAAAAAUGUAAUCAUCAAACCAAAUAACUCCAACAUGAUGCUUCUAAACACCACAUACUGUCUGGAGUGUGAUUAUACAAUCACGUCAAUGUGAAUUUCCUGUGCUCUUGUAAGGAUAAAUGUUUUGCAGUCUGACGGGAUUCAGUAAGGGCUCUUGAACCUUUUUUUUGGUUGUUUGUUUCAAUACAAGAGCUCCUACUCGAAGUCCUGUUCUGUCUCUCUCAGUAUAUGCGAUUGUCCUAUGGGCCUAUUCACUGUGGAAGAGUGUUGAAUAGUUAGGCCUGUGGUCUACUGUCCUCUCCGAAUGAAUCAAACUGUGUGCGUUGAACAGGUGCCAGAGGAAUGGCUCACUACCAAACUUUUGAAGCAUAAAAGUAACUUAUUUUUACUUUGUUUUUGUAACCAAUAAAACUGUAAUAUGACA